AUGAGUGAAAAGCGAGAAUGGACGAACGAAGCUUGGAAAAAUGACAAUAACGUAGGAAAAAUGAAACCCAACGACACCAAUUUCUCUGAAUACGACAUUUUGAGGAAAAGCUCAGUUCAAUUGGAUUUGCCAAGUUACUCAGAAGUUUGUUAUAACAGUGGAGAUGACUUGGAGAAGGGUUUGUUUACACCUAUUCCUCCUACCUAUAAACAACUUCAACUGAGUAAUACAGACGAAUCUGAUGAUAAUCAAGUCCAUACGAAUGAAGUGCAUGGACGCAUGGCAGAACCCGUGCCAGACAGAUCAUGGGGAAGCUGUAUCCUCGAUUGCAUCUGCAUGCCGGUACGUCCCCGACUAGCACCAGCGGGCACAUUGAAAGAAGCAGGAUAUUUUCGAUGUUUUAUGUGUUAUCUUUAUACGGCUGCUUUUAUUUUCUUUUUACUUUUCAAAUAUUCUGACAAAUUGUCAGAGUUUAUAAAGGAUUCAUCUUUGUCUAAGGAAAUUGCUUUACCUUUGCUUGGUGGAUUGAUUUUAGUCUUAUUUUUUAUUUCCGCUGUUUUGAUUUCUCUUGUAUUGGACAUCAUCGUUUGGUGUAUAUCUAUGGUUCCAGAUUUGGCUGUGCUUCUAGGGCGUAGUUUAGGACAUUUCUCUGAGUAUCUCUUAGACCGUGUCUUAGGAAGAAUAUUUCCAUACUUCUGGAGAAAAUUUAUACUGCCUUUGACAAUCAUUUUCGGAUAUACAACUAAUCAAAGCUUUGGGAAUGAUCCAGAUUCAACAAACUUCGUUGAACUUGACGAGCUAGAUGCUAGGGUCGAGACCCCAACAAGUACACCUAACAAUAUUGAAGUGCCAAGUUCUCCUUUUGGGAAAAUUCAUACCAAAGCAAAUCAUUCAAAAAAGUCUGUUGGGCAUUCUGCAAGAGAGCAAGAAAUAGAGAUGCAAACUUUUGGAGACACAGUUGUAUUGGACAUCAUCGUUUGGUGUAUAUCUAUGGUUCCAGAUUUGGCUGUGCUUCUAGGGCGUAGUUUAGGACAUUUCUCUGAGUAUCUCUUAGACCGUGUCUUAGGAAGAAUAUUUCCAUACUUCUGGAGAAAAUUUAUACUGCCUUUGACAAUCAUUUUCGGAUAUACAACUAAUCAAAGCUUUGGGAAUGAUCCAGAUUCAACAAACUUCGUUGAACUUGACGAGCUAGAUGCUAGGGUCGAGACCCCAACAAGUACACCUAACAAUAUUGAAGUGCCAAGUUCUCCUUUUGGGAAAAUUCAUACCAAAGCAAAUCAUUCAAAAAAGUCUGUUGGGCAUUCUGCAAGAGAGCAAGAAAUAGAGAUGCAAACUUUUGGAGACACAGGUUCUCCGACUUUGAACGAUCAUACAAAGUAA